AAAUAUCUUAUCAGAACUGUUUUUUGAGGACCUGAGGCUUGUUUGAAGAUGGCUAUCGCCUGCAUUUGAAAUCAACCUCUGCAAGAUUCCUUCAAGCUUUGAUCGAUUUUUAUACACGUUGUAAAGACAACAUGCUACGAAGCUACACAAGCCGAGACAUGGGGCGCGAGUGUAUGACAAAACUUCUGAUGAUGUACUCCAAAAAGCACAGGACGACGAACAUGCUACCGGGAGUUCUCAGAAGAGUUCAACCCUUUGUCCACAAAUCGUCCAACUUGACCAAGAUGCCGCGGAACGUUGAGAUCAAAGCUCGGGUGUCUGAUCUAGAAAGUCUGAAGAAAACGACCAGAGCCUUGGCGAACGACGAGGGCACGAUAAUUGUUCAGGAAGACACGUUCUUCAAUGCGCCAAACGGCCGCUUGAAACUCCGAGAGAUCAAGACAGUCCUGGACAGGGCCAUGGGUGUGAAAGGUGUCGUGUGCAAGACCCGGCUGUUGAUCAUGGUGGGACAGACGAGGGUACAUCUGGACGAGGUCAAAGGUCUGGGUCAGUUCAUGGAGUUGGAGGUUGUACUCCGAGAUGACCAGACCACAGAAGAUGGACAGAAGAUUGCUGAGGAGCUCAUGGAGAAGUUCGGCAUCAGCAAAGACAAUCUCCUCACAGGGGCCUAUAUGGACAUGUUGCUCAAAGACAACUAGAAGAGGAAGACCGUCGUUUCUGUUGUUUUAUAAAUGCUCUCACUGUGUAACUAGAAGAAAAAAUAGGUCAA